AUGAACGAGAAAAACAAUUUUUAAAUUCCUCAUUGUAAUAUAAACGAUUUUAUUUAACUAAAACCGAAUCUAAACUCAUUCACUUUUGAACUCAUGAAUUCAAUAAAAUAAAAUACAUCAAUUUAUGCGAUAGCUUUUAGUAAAGAUAACUCAAUUGUCUUAACUGGAAGUGAAAAGGACAUUAAAGUAUUUAAACAUAAUUAGGGGAUACUGAAUUAAAUUCAAUUGUUAAUUGAACAUAAAUAGUAUGUUUAUACUUUAAUUUUCAUGAAUAAUACAAAUAAUUUUGUAUCUGGAAGUUAUGAUCAUACAAUUAUCAUAUGGUAGUUAAUUGAAAAUAAUUAUUGGAAAUGUUAAUAAAAAUUGAAAGAUCAUUCAAGUUAAAUAUUAUGUUUAAUUGUGAACAACACUGAUGAUUUAAUUAUCUCAGGUAGUGGAGAUAAGAAAAUUAAAUUUUGGACGAACUAAAAUUAUUGGUUCUGUUUACAAUCCAUAACUGAUCAUACUGAUUAUGUUUAUUCAUUAAGCUUAAAUGAAAAAUAAAAUAAAUUGUUAUCUUGUUCAGCUGAUUCAAAAAAAAUAGUAAUAGAAUUGUAAAAGUCAGAUAGAAAAUGGUAUGUUAUAUAAAAGAUAGAAGUAGAAUAGUAUGGGUAUAGAUUAUGUUUUAUUAAUGAUAAUUAAUUUAUAUUCUAACCUUAUUGUAAAGAAUACACUUAUGUAUAUGAGAUGGAUAAAAAUACUCGAUAAUUUAUGAAAACUAAGGAAAUUGCUGUUAAGUGUGGUUAAAGCAGUGAUUAUUAUUUAUUUCCCUAGCAAUACUUAAAAUCUAAAUCCCUCCUGGUAAAUAAGAAUGCCAGAAAUAUAAAUAUAAUAUAAAAGAAAGAUAAUGGUGAUUUUAUCAUUAACUAACCAAUUGAAUUUGAUACUUAUUAUUUUUAUGGAUAAUUAAGUAAUGAUGGAGAGUAUUUGAUUGUUUGGGACGAUAAAUUAAAGGAAAUAUAAAUAAGAAAAAGGAAGGAAUUAUGA